GGGGGCGCGUGUGCGUACGGGCCGAUCCUCGCGCUCAAAAUGGCGCAAGUGAGCUGCGGCGGUGUCCGCGUUUCCGUGGCGGCGGCUGCGGCCACAGCGGCCGUAGCUGCCGCAGGCGGCCAGGGCCACGGCGGAGGAGUCGGCAGUGUGGGUAGCGGAGCAGCAGGAGGAGGAGGCGGCGGCGUUAAUAGCGGCGGCGGUGUUAGUAUCGGUGGCGGCGGUAGUGGUGGUGGCGGCGGAGUGGCCCCCUCGGCGCUUGGCCCCGCGAAGCGCAAGCGCGCACACCACGACUACAAGAAGCUGAGCAAGGCGGGAUACCUGGACAACAACAACAGCAGCAGCGGCGGCGGCGGUAGCAGCAAUAGCAGCAGCAGCGGCGGCGGCAGCAGUAGUAACAACAACAACAACAACGCGAAUAAUAACAACAGCAGCAGCAGCAACGGCGCUUUGCUGACAGCGGUGGCGGCGGCGGCAGCAGCGAGCGCCGAGGCAGACGCGGGCGGCGCCACGGGGCCGCUUGGCGCGAUCAAGCAGCAGCAGCAGCAGAAGGCGAAGAGGAAGAGGGAGGCGACGGAGAAGCCCCACAGGGUAGUGAAGGACGGCGGCGGAGAUCCACCGCCGCCGCCGCGGCCACAGCACAAACUUAAAGGAGAAUUGAGGGGGGAGAAGAAGCCCAGCCCCAUGCUGGAGGAGCAUCACCACCACCACCACAAGAAGGCCAAGAAAAAAAAGAAAAAGAAGCACCGUGAUGGUCAAGAAGAUGAGGAGGAGCGUCGCAAACACAAGCGGCCCAAGCGCUACCACCGCGGCGUGCAGACCAUGUGCUCGGGCCUAGAGUUCCGGGAAGCGCUGAUCAACAACAGCAACAACAACAGCAGCAGCAGCAUUGUUCCCCAGAUCCCAGAAGCCGAUGUGCGCACGCUCCCAGAUCGGCAAGGACCCCAACCCACGGUGCCCGUAAAAGAGGAGCCGAAGGGCGUGCCAGGCCAAUGCUCGACGCCGGUGAAGAAAGAGAACUGUCCCAACGAGGGCAAGCCUGCCCGAGCGGGCGAGCUCCUCAACAGCUUCCCACCAUUCUGCACCAACAGGGACCAGCUGAUCCGCAAGCAGCAGCAGCAGCAGCACCGUGUACCGGACACGUCGCCCGAGUUUGCGCGCUUCGUGUACAGCGAGUCGCAGCCCAAUGGUGGCGCGAGCGUGCUGCACGCGUACUGGCACGAGCUGGAGCGGCUGUCGCCAGCGGCGCUGGAGAGGUUUGCGCGCGAGUUUACCUCGUUGGCGUUCAAGGAGGAGAAGCAGGGCUGCGCGCGCUACGCCAUCGCCAUCGUGCACGGCGCCGCGGCGUACCUGCCCGACUUCCUCGACUACUUUGCCUUCAGCUUCCCGAGCACUUCCGUCAAGGUGGAGGUGCUAGGCAAGAAGGACAUUGAGACGACCACCAUGGAGAGCUUCAGCACGCAGGUGCAGCGGACGUACUGCAACGGCACGUACCGUGCCGGCGCCAUGAGGCAGAUCAGCCUGGUGGGCGUGGUGGACGAGGAGGUGGGCGACUACUUCCCCGAGUUCCUCGACAUGCUGGAAGAGUCGCCCUUCCUCAAGCUGACUCUGCCAUGGGGCAGCAUUUCGAGCCUGCGGUUGGAGUCUCGCAUGGAGAGCGAUGACGGCCCCAUCCUCUGGGUGCGGCCGGGCGAGCAGAUGAUACCUACGGCCGACAUGCCCAAGUCGCCCUGCAAGAAGCGUCGGAGCGAGGUGAAGAACCUGCACUAUCUUCCGCGCCUGUCGGAGCCGCGCGAGGUCCUCUUCGAGGACCGGACGCGCGCGCACGCAGACCACAUUGGCCAGGGCUUUGACCGGCAGACAACGGCGGCCGUGGGUGUGCUCAAGGCUGUGCGAUUUGGAGAAAGGGACGACGAGGCGCGCGUCACCAAGGACGUGGUGGCAUUCCACGCGGGUGACUUUGUGGAGGUGGUGCAGAGGCUGCAGCUUGACCUGCACGAGCCGCCCAUGUCACAGUGCGUACAGUGGGUGGACGACGCCAAGCUGAACCUGAUGCGACGCGACGGCAUCCGCUAUGCGCGCGUCCAGCUCUGCCACAACGACAUCUACUUCAUCCCUCGCAACGUGGUGCACCAGUUCCGUACCGUGUCGGCCGUGUGCAGCCUGGCGUGGCACGUGCGCCUGCGGCAGUACCACCCCGAGAGCGAGCACGCCAAUGUCGGCGAAUCCGCCAGCGCCGCCGCUGCCGCCAGCAACAGUAACAGCGCGGAGGUCGCCAACUCGAAGGAGGUGAAGACGGAGAGCACGGGGGAAGCGGCGGAGCCCUCGGAAAAACGCAGGCCCGGUGGCGCCGAGGGUCCGCCUGCGGAGAGCGGCCGCAAGGGGAAGGCGUCGGAGAAGACGCAGCAGCACUCCUCCUCGGGCAACACGCUGCCGGGGAAUUUCGCGCCGGUGCGGAGCUGCGAAUCUGGCUCCAAUGGCUUCAGGCCGGACCCGACGAGCGAGCGCAAGGCGAGUGGCGAGAGGAUGGAAGUGACUUCCGAGGCCGCCGCUUUGGCCACGACGAGUAAGGGCGCCAAGGGGGGGGGAGGGUCGACGGGGGGCCCGUCGGGCGGCGGCGGCGGCGGCGGCAUCGGUGUUGCGUCGCGCCCCCCCGUCGAAGAACCGUCGGUGAACGUGGGCGUGAGCGUCCCCGAGAUGGGCGCGGCCCUCGGCUCGCACGCCGUGCGGGAAACUCUAGCAGAGCAGCAGCCUCAGCCUUCCGUCCUGGCUGCCUGCGACGCUUGAACCCCCACCCCACCCACCUCGCUCAGCCGUCGGUGCCCGACCGCUACAAUCAUCACUUUAUUCCCUUCUACAGUUCUGUGCACUUGGCGCUGCUGCUUGUGCAAGGUCUCCUGAAGGCCAAAAUGGUUCCACCACACCUUUUGGUGAGCCAGCAGGGCUGCCUGCUUUUCGCAGUAAUUUGUACAUCAAAGCCUUCCACGUCCUUUUUACACACUUAAUUUUCCAAAGUACGCCCCGCCGCAGUCGCUUGUGCUGGCCCACCGCCUCGUACGAAGGCAAUAUUAUACCCUGUUAAGACACCCGUUUUUGAUGCGAGGCUUAAUUUGAACGACAACAAAAAAAAAGUCUCGUGUCCGGACGUGCAUGAAAAUCUUGUGCAGGUUCCCCAGGAUAGUAAAAUUACUUCUGUUUUUUUUCUUUUCUCCAUUUAACAAAAAAUAUUCAAUUUGAACAAAAAAUUCAAGCUCCAGCCCUCUGAAAAUGGGAAAUGUAACAGUUAAGGGGAAGAGCCGACUGCACCACUGUCCAGUGUAAUUGAACCACGUCAGCAUCCUCCACACAAGCAUCAUCUUCUACCCUGCAAUCGUCCUGGGUAAUAAUGCAACUGUUCUUUCCAUCCUCCUCCGUUUACAUACAGCUUACUUUCCCUCCAUUGUUGUAAUAAUAGUACAAAUCAUAUCUGAUGUCAGUGUGCAGGUGGAUGGGGCGAGGGGUGACAUACCAUACUCUUUGUAAUAUCCCUGUAUAUGUGGAAUGAAGGAGUGCUGAAGGGGUUUUUGGAGCAAAAUUGCCCUACUUGUAUCCACUGUAUUUAUAAGUAUUCUUUUGAAAAGCAGUAGGCUCGUCCUUAAUAUUUGAUGUAUCUUCUGCUUUUUUCAAGUGUAUACAAAAUGAGGGCAUUUUAAUAAUCCUGUUCAUCAGAAGAUAAAAAGGCAAUUGUAAAUGGAAAUUCAACACUUCAUAUCUGUACGUUAACUUAAGUUCCUUGGUUUGUCUUAAUUUUUAUUCCCACUAUUAAUACCGCAAGACUUUUAAGAGACCUGCUUGCUGUAGUGUUUUAUUUUUGGUUCUUUUUUGUAUUUAAUAUUUACUAUGUUAAAUUUAAUGCUUUUAUUAGUAUUGCUUCUGCGUCAGUGCUUGCAAAAAAAGACGUGUGUUGCACAUGAGUGGAAUGACCGCACACUUAAACAUUCGUGUGAGAUUUUGUUGACUAAGCAGAGCCUGUUUUAUUAAAGAUUUUAUUCAGUCAAUUUUUACUUUCAUUUCAAAUCCACUGGUGCAAGACAGUUGAAAUUUACAAGCAGUCUUGUUUUGUAGCAUAGAGGAUAUCCGUAAACACUAUGAACUUAUAAAUACAGUACAAAAUUAUUCAGUACUUCUGUGUUUUUUAUUAGCCACAAGUAGAGUGACAUCUUAAGGAAAGUCAUAGGCCUUUUAUUACUGUAUUUUUUUUACUUUGAACAUAUUAACAGAUUAUUUUUAAAAAAAUAUUAUUUAACAGCUUUGAACGAUUCAGUAUGUACCAAUGCCUAACCUAUCUGUAAUGUUGGUGACAAUGGUAAGAAACCAAAAUCAUUACUUCUGUAAGGUAUUCCACCAGAAUUUAUCGGGAAAACUGUAGAGUAAUACGUGUUUUAUAAUUAAAGAAAAAGCGGAAAAAAAGCCUUUAACCAAAAUGUUUUCAUUAUUUGCUUCAAUGGUAGAAUGGCUUGUGUUAAACAUUUUAAGUCCAUAUUUUGUCUACUAGCCUCUUCCCAUUCAAGCCAGCGUCUAGUGCUUUCACUUCCAAACUUUCAUGCGCUACGCUUUAUAAAGCGUUUAAGACUUUGCUGAGUUGAUCUAGGCGGAGAGUGCAUUUAGCGGUCUGUCGGCUCAGGCCAUUGUGCAUGUAAAUAUUUAGUGCACAGUGGCCUAGCCUGUUUUAAUUGAAGGAUAAGAGAAUAUUGCCUGGCUACACCGCGAAACUUCGACUUCCCAGCAGCAGCGCGUGCUAUCACCGAAGGAAAGAGGCUAAUGUAGCGAAAAAAAUAUGCCUUUUAUCACUCGAACCAGCACUCUCAGAUUUUGUUUGACAUUCUUAUAAUUUGUAUAGGAAUUACUCCAGUUUGGGAUGGAGAAAAACUAAAAUACCCACAACAAAAAUAAUCUGGGGGAAAAACCCCCGAAAGCUGGGGGAGAGGUAGAGGCAUUUGUAAUUGGAGUUUUUGGAAACACAGCAACAUUGAUGGGUGACAGGAACGCACGGCAUUCUGGGAACAUGCCCCCCCCCCCCCUCCAGAGAUCUGGGAGUGCUUGCUCACUUCUGAUUUUUACCGUCUUCCAUUUUUGUGUAUUUUUCAAUCCAGAGUGCUUCUUGUUUUGCAGCGCACAUUGAAGUUCUUUACGUAAAGCUGAAGAAAGAGUGAACUUAGAAUACAUUUUAUAGGUUUGUGAUUGGUCAUCAAACAGCUGAAAAUACUGUACUGAAUUCACUUGUGGGUUGUGAAUGCUCAUAGCUAUAGUGUAAGACCGCGUGGCAUGUAAUGUACUAUAACUGAUUUUUAGCCUCAAAUCAACUUUGCGGAUUUUUUUUGACCAUGUACAAACCAGAUUGACAGAUUAAAUUACAAGUCACUUUAACUGUUGCUACAAUGCUGGUAUUUUUCUUGUCUGUUUAACGUGAGUUCUUUAAUGUUUAGCUUCUUCCGUUUUUAGUUGCUUAUUUUCAUUAUUUUAUUCAGUCAUAAUUAGCUCUUUUAAAAAACUAAUUCGGUCCAGUCUGUCCAAAUGAUUGUCUGACGAGUGUGAGCUACGUAACAUUAUUCUUUGACUUGCCAGGUUUGCUUUUAUUUGGCAAGUGUAGUAACUGCAGAAUCUGGGGUAAAUGUUGGGCUAGUUUUAAUUAAUAGUCUGGUCUGUCAGUUUGCAGUCGUGAAACUUCCCCAAACCAGUGUUCUUUCCAAAUUUGUUAAUAUUGCAUCCAAAUUUGACAUGUAGUCUUGUUUGGAGUCUGCAAGAAUCCUACUUAAACUAAAUGGUAAAUUUCAAGUACCUAAAAGGGUCUUGGCAGAUAAUACAUCAAGUAAUUUUACAAACUUUGCCGUUGAAUAGGGGAACAGUCUUCAUUAUCUCAAUGUAUUAUAUUUUUUUUAUGUUUUUUAAGUAUGUCCAAAAAUUGAAUGUUUCCUUGGUCCAAUAAUUUUUGGCUCAAACCACAGACGAAAAUGUUUGCCUUGAUGAAGUGGCCUAUCGACAUUACUUGUGGGGAGGGCCCUGUAAGAAUGUAGAGCGGUAGAAAACAAAAUAAUAACGUGUGGCUUCCACAUCCGCUCGCCUGUUUCAUAUUAACGCAGUGGACUUCAUCAAUGAGUAAUGUGUGCGGCGGUCGUGCCCCAAUGGAACCAACCGUUAGCGGGACACCAACAUUACCGGUACCCUGUUGAGACAGGUCGCUCAACGGUAUGCGGGCAAUGCAGCAACAUGUACAGCAGCUCCCCAGGGAAUCCCGCGGUGUGUCGCAACCUCGUGAAGCCUUCCAUUCCCCGCCAGUCUGUGGCAGUUGUCUCCAAAGCAGAACAAAGCUUCAUCGUUGGGACUUAAGCAUUGGCUCAAACUUUCGACUUCGGGAACUGAUCUGGUGAUGCUGAAUUGUGCCACCUAGCCAUGCGUAUAAUCUUGAGUUUGGGGCCUGCGUUUUCCUCCAUCAUUUGAGUACAGUUGCUUCUGAAAAUGUUACCCAUUAACCUAUAUGCCGGAUAGCAAUACUGUUUUUUUUUUCUCAUUGCACACGCUAAAUGCUGUUUGGUUCUCAUUUUAAAUGGGUCAUAGUUAAAAAUGAAGAGCCAGUUUGACAUGUUGCGAUUGUUUUGUAUGAAACCAAAUCAAGCAAACGAAGAGGGGACAAGUGCUCUGCAGUGUUUCAAGACGCAUUGAUUGUUACUUUUAUGAGAAGGCACUCAUCACUGAGCUUCGUUAGGGACAAAGAAUGGUUACACGUUCGUUUUUACUCCAUAGCGUGUAACGGAGCAGGGUAAUUUUGUAGAGAAAAGGCGAAGCUGCGACCAAUAUUCCACGAGUAAUUUCCGAGGAAAUAAUAAAUUAUUGUGGUGUCUUCCAUUAGAACGUUUUCGAACCUUGAAAUUAAUUACCUUUUUUAAAGUAUAAGGUUAGUGUAUAAGAUUAAUUGUCACGGGAAAAGUAUUGGUGAGAGAAAGCAUUAAUCUUGUUUGCUAACGCUCCAAUUUAAGUGCAGAAAUAUAUUUGUGCAUUUUUACAUGGUAGCCCUAUGUAGAUGCGUUUUGUAUAAUUUAUGCUAAUGUAAGUCGACUUAUGCCCAAAUUUCAUAGAAUUGUUGUUGAUUACAUAUCUAUUACUUUGAUGUAUUUUGGCCCAGAACUGGAAUAUUUAAAUCCGAAUCCUUAAAAUCAGCGUCACAUUCUGGUGUUGUGAAGAAAAAUGCACCUUUGGCGGCUUUCAGUUUUGGUGCACACGGCAGGACCUUGCAACUCCCACGGUGGACUCUUUAAUUGGUCUGAGCAGAUACCACGGUGGAUUUCGGAGUGACGGUAACUUCUGGGUCGGCCCAUGACUCAAGGUCAUUUAGAUGGUCGGGGAAUUCGAAGGUAACACUGGACAGCAAACCUGACCGUUAUUAAGGUCGGGAUAUCCCACUGUGAAGAAAAAAACGUUAAAAUAAAUUUUGACAACCUCCAAUUGCUUUUAUGCCCUUGUCAGAGGAAUCCCUAAGCAAGAACAGCUGGCGGACUUUAAUUAAGACGCCGUGUUGGUUUCGGUAAAACUGAGCUAUAAUGAGCCAUUCGCAGCCAUAAAGCAUGCAUGUUCAUUAUUUAAUUUCAUAAAUUGCUGCAAAACCAAGGACGGUUAAGGUUGGAGAUGCUGACGCACAUUUCAGCUGGCUUUGGUCAUUUAAAGGCUUCUGCAUGUUCUCUGAUGGCAAACGGAUGUGGGUGUGGUACUGUCAUGUUCCAGAAGCUAUAUAUAGCAGUGUCGGCUUUUAUACAUUGGGCCCAUUCCAUGUGUUGCUUUGAGACCAAAGGAUGUUAUUUGGGUAGUCAUGAGUAUAAAUGUUUAGCAUAGUGCCUUGUUGCUCAGGUGUCCUGAUCGCGAGGGUUGAGUGAUCUUUGACACAGAACAUGAGGAAUGGCUGGGGUGGCUGCUGUUUGAAAUACAAUAAAAAGCUUCAUGGUAUUCAUACAGGGUAGCUCAUUGGAGCUCAAAUUUGACUUUUUAACGAUAUGCCGAACAAUAGAUGUAUAAAAUAACGUAUGUGGCCAAGUUUUUUUUGUAGAGCAGUUGAGUUAAUUGCGCCGUGUGCAUUGUUAGAUGGUAGAUUCCGUUUUAAUUUCAUUUUCAGAUUUAACACCAAAGUGUACUGCAGACUGUCACCCCAGCCUUCAUGCAGUAACCAGUGAACUCUCCGGUCUAAUGUAAUGCCAUUUAGACUUUAAGGCCCGAAUGUGUGCUUUUGAAGUUCUCCAAAUGAGCAGUUUCGUGUGCACUCCACAGCGAGAAGCGUGCACGUUUCAAAGGUGGCACAGGCACAUAUUCUUCCACAACCAGUGGGAAUCAGUCUAAGUGGUAAUUAACAGCACACUUUUGUAGCAGUAUACCGAUCGAGAGUGUGAGCUAAAGAAUGUAACUACAGUAGUGUGUUACACGACGUUUGGCCCAAUCUUUUUAAAUGUUAUUCGCACUCGCUUGUGAUUGGUCCGACAGGCUUGCUGGCAUUUUCCCGGAAUCUUAGCCACUCCCUACAAUAUCACUUUUUUCUCAAUUUUAAAUUGGCGCAAGCAUUGGCUUCUCAUAUCUUCAAGUCUUCUGGAAUAUUUACCUGAAUGUGAGGGGUCCGACUUGUGCGGACGUCGCCCAUACUUUCGGGUGUCGCUUUGACCGUGAUAAAUGCACACUUUGCUUAAGUUGACAUUGUUAAGAGGGCAAAAUGAUUGAUCGUCGGACGAAGAAGUCUUUGCCAAGUGGAUUGAAAGCCCCCAGUUUUCAUUCUUAUUUGAUUUGUGAUUCCCUGCCCCCCCCUCCCUUUGUUCUAAAACUUAAUUUGGAAGCGUUUGUUUUAACACAAAAGUCCAAUAAUCGGCACUUGUAAAUUUUUACCGGCUUAAUUCAUUUUUUAACGUGUACAAUUUGUUUUGCAUUUGUUUUCAUAAUGUAAACCAUAUUUUCCAUGGGCAAACCACCAAGGUCGAGAUUGCCAAGUGUAACGAGUAAUUUUUUCCCUUUUAUUUAAAGUCAAACUUGUAUCGGUUUAUUUUUUGGACAGCUGUUUGUACACCUGCAGUGCUGUUAACACAAGUGAUUUUACGGGCAAACCCACUUGUACAUAGCGCAGCCAACCUCACUCACAGUAAAAGCUCGUUAAUGAUUUUUUUUAUCAAUACUAUUGAUUAUAAACUGCAUAUUUAUUGGGGAUUUUCAGAAUCUCAUAAAAUAAGGUUGGCAGCUGUAUAUUUAUACAAAACUGUUUACAGCAUAUAAGCCGUAUAUGAAUAUAUUAAAAAGUGCAUGAAUUCAGUUUGUAAACCUAUGAAGAUAAUUAUGAAGGGCAGGUUUCUCGUGAUAAAAAUGGAUCUGGGGCUUAAUGUAUUUAAGUGCAUGCUGUGUUUCCUAAAGGAAUAUUAGAUCUUGUUACCUUAGGCUUUUAGAAAUGUGGCAAUUUUAUUGAAUGUCGGUGCAGCUGUUGUGAAUUAUCGGAUAACAACGUUGUACACUCAAGAUACAAACUUUAACAUGAAUCUGUGAAUGGAUGUAACUUU